AUGGCAACCACCAGCGUACAAAAGGUUGCUUGGGGGACCACAGCUGGUGAGAGUAUCACUUACACGCAGUUGCACUGUGGAUACCAACCACUAUAUCAAUCCACACUCUCAGUCUCCCAACCACACACACACACAACCGCAACCAUGCAACAAAACGUCACCAUCGCCGUGAUCAUCAUCAUCCUCUUCAUCAUCAUCACCGCCCUCGCCUACGGCAUCCACCGCCUCAUCCACGCAGCCGGCGGCAACGGCUCCAGCUCAAGCGGCAGCGACUCCCUCGUCGAUGACGACUGA